GAUUUGUAAUUGUAAAUUUUUGUACUUUUUAUGAAAUAUUGUUAAAAUUGUUAAUCAAAAUCAUGUCCCAACUUGUAUGAAAGUUGGAAUAUUUAUAUCUGGACUCACAAAUCUACUGUUUUGUUGGCUUCAUCCACAUUCAGUAUUAAAACUACAUGAGGAAACAGUGAGGAUUUUUUUGAUAGUCUUUUGAUGUUAUAAAUCAAAGUAAGGAUGCAACACUUCAUUUGAUAUAGAAACUAUUAUUCAGUGCUUUAUUUUGCUCUGGAAAGGAAGUAGAAAAGCUUUUUAGUUUAGUGUUUCUGUAUUUUGGUCUAAUUAUACAAUUUAAACUUAAAGGUGUUUUAAACUCUGACCACAGAAAGAAAAGGCAGAAUGAAGGAAUGGAAUUUUUUUCCUUGUUGUUAUUCCAGUCAUGUGACCAUUUAACUCACCUGUGUACUUUCAUUUUUGUUUUGUCGUUUGUCAUUGUUUACGGCAGAACAACAGACUCAUACAGAACUUUUAUCAUGUUCAGAUGCUUGAAUCUUUUGCUGCUGCUGUUAUUUUGCCUUGUAUAUCAUAGUGAAACUCCCUUUGUAAGAACAACCCCUGUAUCUGUGACAGGAAAAAAAGGAGACAGUGCCAUCCUGUCAUGUCAAUUUGAGCCCAGUGACAUUUUUCGUAUUGAUUUAUGGAGGCAAAAAUCCAUCUUUUCAUGUCAGAAUGAAACUUGUGAGAAUGGGCGAUUUUCAAAAAAAGGAUGUGAUGUCACCAUCAAGAAUCUGAGCUUCAGUGAUGCUGGGAAAUAUACUUUGAAAGUAUUUUACAAUCAUAAUCAGACAGUGUUGAAUCAAAAACAGAAGAUGUACCAGCUUCAUAUUCAAGAUAAUAUUUCUGUGCAGGAAGGUGGGGAGUUGGGUGAUCUGCCCAGUGCUCAUAAAGUUCUGCAUCAGCCCAGCGGAAGCACAAAGUGGGAGGACGUUUGGCCCAAGGAUCAGAGUGAUGUGAACCUUCAUAAUUUUAGGACCAACCACACAGGAACAUACAGAGUUCUGGACUCUGAAGGAAACAUCUUGAUCACAGUGACAGUCACAGAAUCAGGUACAGAAUCAAAGGACAAACAAGACGACACAAAUAAAGACAAAACUGAACCACUUCCUGUUUGGGCUUUGAUUUUGAUUGUGAUUGUGAUUGGUGUGGUGCUGGUUCUGGCUGUGAUUAUAUUUAUUGUCAUCAAGAAACCCCAAUGUCUGAAAAGGGAUGCUGAUACUGUGACCUACCGUAACCCCUCAGAUGUGGCCCAUUGA